GAAGUGGUAGAUUGAGAGAGAGAGAGAGGGAGGGAGAGAGACACAGAGACACACAGAGAGAGAGAAGUCUAACCUUAGCUGCCCACGACUUGGGAGAAAAGUUGGGGAAUUAUUACUUCUAAGCUCAGUUUCUCCGUGUUUUCUCGGGUGGACGUCCUUCCCUCCAGGCAGCAGAGAGCCUCUUUCAUUGGGUUAACGUGGGUAUGAAUGGCGGGGUUUCAUCAGAGUGAGCGUUCCUGUCCGUGAGGUUCAGCCGGACUGAAGGUCCACUUUGGGGCAAGAAGGAGAUUUAUAAUUUAUUUGCUUUGACGGUGUUUCCCUUCUUUCUCUCUCUCCUCUGGAUCCUGUGGUCAUGACGCCUGACCUCCUGAACUUCAAGAAGGGAUGGAUGUCCAAACUGGACGAGAGUGGCGAGUGGAAGAAGCAUUGGUUUGUUUUGACCGAUGCUGGACUGAAGUACUACAGAGACUCGAGUGCAGAGGAGAAAGAUGACUUGGACGGAGAGAUCGACCUAAAAUCCUGUGUGAAGGUGUGUGAGUUUGAUGUGGAGAAGAACUAUGGGUUUCAAGUACAGACGCGGGAGGCUGCGCACACAUUGUCUGCAAUGACAGCGGGGAUCAGGCGGAACUGGAUAGAGGUUUUAAAGAAGUGCAUCCGGCCCAGCAGCUCUCCAGACCUCACGCAAUUACCUGAUGGCAGCAGUGACAAGGAAAACUCCCAUUCUCGCUUUCUGUCAUCCUCCCGUCGCCCGUCAUCACGUCACGCCGACGUUGUACAGCCAGAAGUUUCGACCUCCGCUCCCCCGGCUCAUCGUAGGUUCGACUACGUGGAGCUGUCCCCGGUUCCUGCCUCGUCCAGCCCUCUGCCGGCCAGUCAGAGAGAAGCAGCAGAGGGGCAGGGGCGGGAGCACAGCCAGUGGCAGGAGGAGAGGAACACAAGCAGCCAGUGGGAGGCCGUUCUGUCCAGGAAGGGCACCGGCAUGGGAUCGAACCAGAGGCCGCGCACAGAGGAUGAUAUUGAGAGAAAGUGGGCGGAGUUUGAACGCUUGCCGUUAAAGGAGAUGAGCUCCUUACCACCGAUGGGAUCGCGGUCCUCCAGCCAGUCAGCCAAUGAGGCGCUGCAGAGGGAGGUGGCGUCACUGAGGCAGCAGCUGGAGCUACUAAAGGGAGGGGGAGGGAAAAUGGGAGGAAGUGUGAGGGGUGGCUGUGGCCACGAGGCCCCCUGCGGCCGCAGCCUGGUGGCCAUGGAGCGGGCCCAUCGACAGGCGAUGGAGGAGCUGCAGAGGCAGCACGACCGCCAGCUAAAGGAACUGGAGACGGCGAAGGACAGGCUGCUGCUGGAGGAGACCCGGGACACCGCACGAGUAAUGGAGGCUUUAAAGAAGAGGCACAAGGACGAGCUGGAGAGAGAGGUGGAGAGAGUCAGAAGGCUCAGCAGCGGGGGGCUAGAUUCACAGACUUUGCGAGUCCAACAACAGGCAGAAACUCAGGCCUUGCAGAGAGAGCUGGCCGGGCUUUCUGAGCGCUAUUCUCAGAAGUGUCUGGAGCUGAACCGAGCAGAGCAGGACAGCGCCGAGAGAGAGAGGGAGAUCAGCCGCAAGGAGAGAGAUAUGGAGCAGCUGAGGAAAGAGAACCAGGACUUAAAAGCCCGUUUGGCGGUGGAGAUCAGUCGUACACGAUCCUCCAUCACACAUCAGAGCUCAGAGGGAAACAAAGACAGGACUCUCUGUGAACUAGAGGUUCUCCUCAGGGUGAAAGAAAACGAGAUCGAGUACUUACACAAGGAGAUCAGCUGUCUAAGGAACGAGCUGCAGUUUCUUAACACGGAGAAGCGGCUGGCCUGUGAACGCUACGCGGAGGUUCACGAGGAGCUGAGUGGGAUUAAGGGCCGGAGCGAGCGAGAGAUCCAGAGUCUAAAGGAGCACUUGCGGCUGGCCAUGGCUGCCCUGCAGGAGGGGCAAAAGCUGGGCAACAGCCUGGACCACUGAGACUCCACUGCUGGUACUAGCGAUCCGUUAGACUUGGUGAAAGGUGUGUCUGCACCACGGUGACUGAAUCAAAGAGGUGUUCAGCAGGAAAAAAAAGCAAAGGACUUGUACAGUUCCGACUGUGUGGGGACCAUGAUAGUGCCUUAGUUUCAAAUCAUUCUGCCAAUGAGCAGCAUAGAAUAGCUAUGAGCUGGUUUUAUUACACUGGGCCACACACGUUAUAUAAAACUGCACUUUUUAUGUUUUUAUUUUAGCUUUUGCUUGCUUCGAGUGCAAGAAUGUAUGAGUGCGCAUUUGGUCUGAAAACUGGAAUAUCCGUUGAGUGACAUUUUUUUUUUUAUUAUUAUUAUUAUCAGGUAUUUUAGAUAAAGAGCUCAUACUGUAUCUUUUUUUUUUGUUCAUACAUAAGAGCUACUGUCAUCUCAGUUUUCUAUGUUGUACAGCUUUGAGCUUUUGUUUACUCUGUGAAAAUGGCUCGCGUUUCUUUAGAAAUGGGAGCUUCUCAUUUGCUGUAAUUAUAUUUUUUUUUACCUGGAAAGAAGUGUGCUUGUGUCGUGUCGUGUUUAUGAACAUGAAGUCCUAAGAAAGAAAUACAUUGGGAUUAAUACAGGACAAGACAGCAAACGUUUCUCAUUCCUGGCAGGCUGAAUUGGCUGAUCUAUGAUUGUAUAGCUGUUGAAUGAAUGUUGCCCCCACAUCACAGAUGUCUUUAUUUUUUAAACCGUGACUGAGAAGCAGGAACUCUCCAGCUUCCAGUCCCCCCUGAUCAUUGUUGGCAUUUAUGUGCCACCACUUAACAAAUGACAGGUGUUGCAACAAUGAGCCAAUUUUUUUAUUGACAGUAUGAAUUGUGAUAAAAAUGACUUAUCUACCUGCCUUUUGAAAAUAUCUUUCAUAUUUAAUGUACUGUAGAGCCCGUAUCAUCUUUGUAAAUUAUACACAAUUUUUGCAAUCAAUAAAAUAAGUUC